GAAUGUGUGUAUAUGUGUGUAAAAGAAUGUGUGUGUGUGUGUGUGUAUGUGUGCAUGUGUGUGUGUGCGUGUACAAGAAUGUGUAGCUCAGUUUAAAGCAGCUUCUGCAGAAGCGCUCUGAGGUCAUGACCUCUGACCUUUAUCAUGUCUUUAUCUUUUUGUUCCAAACAGAAUAAAAUUCUGUCAGAAACAGUAUAAAAGAGUGUGUGUGUGUGCGUGUGUGUGUGUGUGCGCGCACGCGUGUGUGUGUGUGCGUGCGUGUGUGUGUGUGUGUGCGUGUGUGUGUGUGUGUGUGUGUGUGUGUGCAUGCCUGUAUGGAGAUAAAAGCACAUAGCUGUUUGGCAGCCGGUGACAUCGGUCUAUAUAAGGCUGUUCUAUUCCCACCGUGUUUCCUCUGGAGACCCAAAGGCGAUUGUCAGCAACGGGACAAUGCAUGCCUCAGAGCACAGUGGCUUCCCUCCUUUAUCAUUUACAUUUAUUCUAAAUUUGUUUGAAACCUUGAAGAUACAAACUGUAUAAAUCUGCUUCUUUGUUUAUUUUUGGUGCUCCAACAACCAGAAAGACAGUUUGUGGAGGUGACUGGUUAAAAAUCCUAAUUUAAUCAGAGAUUAUUUAAAAGCUCAUGGGAUCGUUUCUUUGUUCAGACUCAAAAAGUCUGAAAAGAGCUAAACGUUUGAUUCCAGAUUCACCAGCAGAUAAAACAUAUUUAGCAUGCUUUAAAAAUGUCUCCUCUUAUUUAUGAAAACAGCUCUUCUCUUUUCUUUUUGCAGCAUAAUCUUUGAUCUUUAUUUUUUUUAAGUAAGUACGUUUUUGGAAAGCGUGAUCAGCUCUUGUUCCUUUUCUGCAAGCCGACUUAAAAUAGCGCCGAAGCCCACACAUGCUCAUGUCUGAUGGGGAAUCUCAGCGUCUUGAGUCAGUGCUGUGGGGGAAUCUGUCUGAGGAGGGAAUGACUCGUCUGAACGAAUGUCAGCGAAGCUCAAAGAAAUGGGUUCACGAAGAAAUGGAAGGUCCAGCAACGGGAAUGAUGGGAGUGGGAUCGGCCGGUCCGGUAGCUGCAGCUACAUCUCCAACGUGAGACCAGAGAACAGGAGCACGCUCUGCAGCGUGAUGGCACUGCUAACAGCAGAAACUCAGCCCUGCUUUGAGACCACACUGAAGUCAAAGGCUGUGUCCGAAAACUGCACCGUGAAGUUCUCCUGCGUGGUUACAGGAUACCCCGCCCCUCAAGUAACGUGGUAUAAGGAUGACGAACAGCUGGACAGACUCUGUGGGCUGCCUAAAUAUGAAAUAUUCUGUAAAGGACAAAAUCAUUCCCUGCAUAUAUACAACUGCUCAGUGGAGGAUGCAGCAGUAUACCAGGCUUCUGCCAUCAACCUGAAAGGCAUCGUGUCGUGUUCUGGGGUGCUGGAGGUCGGAGAAAUGAACGAGUUCAAAAUCCACCAGCGCUAUUUUGCCAAGCUGAAGCAGAGGGCCGAGAACAGAAGCAGGGAAUCAAAAGAUAAAGAGAACCAGGAGCGCCAUCGGACUGCCAGUCCAAACCGAACACAGAGGAAAUGCCGCUCUGAGAUGGAGGUCGUUAUCAGCACACCGAGUCCUACAGGGGAGGAGGCGGGUCCUCGGGCUGAGGCUGGGCUGCAGGAGGCCAUGAUGGAGGAACCAGGUAGAAAAGCAGCUCCAGCCUCUGAUGGUGCAGAGUCCGCCAAGUCAAACGGACAAACGAGCAAAGGCGGCAACAGUGAGAGUAAAACGUACGUGAACGAUCCUGCUCCAAACAGCAAACAUCAAGCACAAACUACUUUUGUUAGUAAGAAAAUAAAAAUUUCCAGUAGUGCAAAAGUUCCCAAAGCUGAUGCUGUGGUGAGGAGUGCUUCCAGUGAACGGACGACGGAAAGUGAGACUCCUCCCUCCGUUACUCAGGCGGCCGUGCAGGUCAACAGGAAUCCAGAAGUUACGGAACUAAAAAACAACCUGAACUCAGCAACUGACUUCAAAUUAAUCAAAACAGAAAAUGAGAUAUCAGCAACAAAGGAAGCAGCGUUUGGUAAAAGUUCCUCAAAGGAUGAAAAACCCGCUGCUUCAGAGUCUCGUGUUGCUGCAUGUUCAAGAUUUACUCAGGCUGAAAAUAAAUACAGAAAAUGGCAAAAGCACGGGAGGGACGGUGGUCACCCAGAUGCUGAAAAACAAACUGAAACAAGGAACCCAAUCCCACCCGUCCCCUCGAUGCAAAAACAAAGCACCAAAUCAACAAAUCUGAACCUAAAGAGGGAAAUUCAUGCAACAAAACAGUCUACAGCCAUGGACAAUGGCAGGAAGUCAACAGCAUCAUUCGCUGAACGCUUCACGCGCAGUUUCAGUCACAAGUCACCUGAUAUCAGAACUGUUUUAACUCAAAGUCCACCAGAAGUGGCUGAAAGUCAAAAGUCUGAAACAGAAACGAGCCAGCAGUCUGCGUCUCCACCUGCCGUGCCAGGCGAGGUUACACCGGCUCAUGCAGGGAUGAACGGGAAUGAUGCACCUGUCAGCCCUGAGCCACCACCUGACGAGUGUGCGAACAAAUCACAUCCACCCCGAAAAACAGACGACAUCGCGGCCUCCUGUUUGUGCGCUGGGCUUCGAACAACGUCAAGUGGUUCCAGGGAAUUGAAUGAAAGCCGUCCAGAAAUGUUUAGUCCCCAAAAGAAGGCUCCUCUUGAGAUCCCUGGAGGUGCUGAGAACCUCGCGGGGUGUAAGGUUUCUCCUGCCGUUCAGCAAAGCCAAGUUGAUACAGCUAUAAAAACUGUUGAAGGGACGGAGACACGAGAUGUUGAAAAGGCGGAGGUUAGCAAAAAAAGUAAGUCAGACUCAUGUGAGACACUUGAAACGAAGACUGCUGCUCAACUCGUGACUGAAGAAAAUAAAACAGGACAGAAAAAUGAUUCAGGGAAUAAACACUCCGGUGUGGCAGAAACAAAGAUGGAUGAACCCAUUCCCACAGCGGAAGCAAAAAGCUGUUCAGAUUUACCGAAACCAAAGUCAGACGAGCUUACAACGAGUCUCCCGGCUCUAAACUGGACUUCAGAAAACAUCAAAUCCAGGAUUUAUUCACCAAAACCUCCUAAGCCUGAACCAGAAGUGAUUUCUAUAGCUGAACUUCUGAGGUCUCAAAUAAAAGCUCUCGAGUCACCAGUUCACCCUAACCUUGAACCAAGGCCUACAACACAAACUUCAAGAGGAUCUCAGGAUGUAAUAAAUGACAAAAACUAUAAAUCUGAAAGCAAAACCUUUAAACCCGAUAAUAAAACGGAGACUAGCAUCAGAGAUGCACCUGUCACAAAUCCGAAGGCAACACUCGUGGUGAUUUAUCAGCAGCUGCAUGAAAACGGAGCAUCAGUCCCAGCCCAGGCCUCGAAUGAAGCGCUGAUCUCUUUGAAAGACACGGAGAUCCAUGAAAGAAGCACCAAAUAUAACAAAGCUGAGGUGGACGCUAAUCGGGAAGCUGGACCUUUAAACAAGGUUCCUUCAGAAGGUUACUCUGUUAUUUCUGAUUCUGGGAGGACUAAUGCAAAACAGGGUCCUUUUUAUUUGUCUUCAAACAAUGACAACAAACCUAAAACUGUUAUUCCUCAGUCUCAGGUAACGGUAACUAGCGUGAAAACCGGUCCUCAAGAGAAAAACGCAAAGAUUCUGGAGCUCAGCAGCAAAACAGCUAUUAAAGGACAUGACAUAGAACUAAAACGUGCAAAUAAAACCCUCAACAGCGAAAUACCCUCUGAGGAACAGAGUACAAAAACACAUUUUUAUGAGAGUCAAACAUCUGCCUGUGAAAGUAGACUCAUCACCAACAAACAAGAAAAUGGCAUCCCACUGGUCCCACUGGAAAGCCCAAAGUCUGAUGUUGUAAUCAGUCCCACUCCAGAGGCUAGUCCACAAUUAAAGAAGCAUAACUGUGUGUCUCCCAUUCCUUCUGCUACCACUCGAGAGCUAGCCUCUGGGGCACGCCGCAAAAUCUCAACGCCCAAGUCCAAACCAGAGGAGGUCACGUCGUCCGCUGAUGAGCAAACUCAGAAAGAUGAGGCGGCUGUGAAAAGCAGCAGGAUUUCCACAGCGGCUGCAUCUCCUGGCUCGUCGAGGCGAUCGCCCCUGCUGCAGCCGGCUGGAGAAACGAACUCUGGCGUUGAGAGGAUUUCUCCCAUCAGCAGAAGGAAGAGGGUGUCUGAAACUCAAACGCUAAACCUGACGAUCCACACUGAGGGCAAACCUGCAGAGAAGACCAAACACAACCCAUUCAAAGCUCCUCAGGUCAUCCGUAAGAUCAGAGCAGAGACCUUCUCAGAUGCUUCAGGACACGUGAAACUGUGGUGCCAGUUUUUUAACAUCCUUAGUGACUCAACUGUCAAAUGGUACAAAAAUGAAGAGGAGAUUGCUCAUUUCAAAAGAAGUGCAGGAGAGGAAACUCCGAUUAACCUCGCCGUUGCUCAGGCAUCUUCCAAGGAUUCUGGUGUUUACGGAUGCUCAAUCACAAACGAAUAUGGAACUGACUCCACAGACUUUCUACUUAGUGCAGAAAUCUUGGCUGGAAUGUCGCUGCACGAAGCCCUUGGUGUUGGGGAGGAAAUUGAAAUGACUCCGCUGAUAUUCACCAAGGGUUUAGCUGAUUCUGGCACCUGGGUCGACAAAUUCUUUGGACGUAUAAUGAUGGCAGAAUCUCACCUUGGGGACGGCUGUUCACAUAAAGUCUGGAGGGCAAAGGUCAUCUACGGUCUUGAGCCUGUGUUCGAGUCCGGUAAUACUUGUGUGAUUAAAGUGCGCAGCCCCAUCACCUACGGAGGCAAGGAGGACAGCAGCCUGAUAGAGAGGAACCUUGACAUCAUGAAGAAGGAAUGUAAAGCUCAGAACUUGGCUCGUGAAUACUGCAAAAUCUUCUCUGCAGAAGCAAGAGUGGUGGAAAACUUCGGACCUUCUCUUGAGGUCAUUCCGGUCUACUUGAUUUACCGACCAGCCAACGCCGUGCCCUACGCCACAGUGGAGACUAACUUAGAAGGAGUGUAUAAGAAAUACGCUGACCUGGAUCACACUGGAGGAAUAGACAUCAGGACCGGUUCUGAGGUAGGGCAGAAGUGCUCCACCUUUCAGCACUGGAUCUUUCAGUGGACUAAUGGGAAUCUGCUGUUGACGCGUCUUGAAGGUGUUGACACUAAACUGACUGGUGUUGGAUUUUCGGUCAAAUCAACAGGGCAUCAGGGUUUGACUGCAGAAGGGAAUCCCAAAGUUUUUGAGCACUUUGUCUCACAUCACAAAUGUAACUACUUCUGCGGCCUGCUUGGUCUGAAACCCCUGAAGGUCAUGGACUCCUUAAUGACUCCAGUGAAACCAAAAGGCUCCAGGAGUCCCUUACUUCAACGAAAGAAGGUUAGCAGCUCCUGCAGCCCUCAACUCAACAGGAAAGCUGUCGCCAGCCCCCGGCCGCCCAGAAAAGCUGAACAAGAUAGCAGCAGCACCCCCAUGAAGGAAAAAGCUACUGAUGUUCCAAAAGUGGGUAACACACCAUAGAAGAAGACCUAGGUAGGAUGAUAAUAACGUAGCUUUUUUAUUUAAUUUGAAUAAACACCAUUCCUUACCUUCAAGCUACUUGAUUUAAUGGCAACAUUUUUGUUUAAAAUAGAGCAAAAAUUGUGGUAUAAUUACAAAUAAUCCUUUAGGAAUUUGUAUUCUAUUACUAACAAUGAAUAAUAGAUUAAAGCUGCCCUCAGGUCGGCGGAUCUUUACCUGGAGCCGUUACAUGUCUGCUGUAAUUUUAAAUGUUUAUAUUAUAGAUUUCAACAAAAAUAUGAAUAAAUAAUAAUAAACCUUGAGUAAAACAAUUUUAUUGGUGAGAAUAUAUAUAAAUUUAGUUUAUUUUAGGAAUAUUUGAAGCUACGCUAAGCUUCGGGUGAGGACACAGUUGUACAGGGAAAAAAUUGUAACACGUUUUAUUUUGCACGGUUUCUUUUUGUUGUUUUUAGGAACUGCUCAUGUAAUUGCAACUAGGUGUAAAAUAAAAGAAGUUAACAUUUUUGUCCGAA